AUGGAGAGAUACGCAUCCAGUCCAGCGCGUAUGCAGAGGCACAAAGCGCCUGGGAACUUUGGGAAGACUUGGGGAGAUGGAGGUCCCUUGGGGGACCUGGGGGCACCGAGGCGGGCGGAGCGCAGCCCGCGCCUGGCCAGGCCUGCCCCGCCCACGUGGGGCCGCAGCCCGUCGAAUGACUCCGUGCAACGUGUUGGUGGCAGCGCGGGCUCUUCCGGGCUCCGCAGCUUCCUGCCAGGCACCGCGCAGCCGCCUCGGCCGCGGGAGCCCGGGUGCAGCCUGUGCGCGGGGCCCGCGAACGCCACCUGGUUGGGGUCCGGGGCGGCGGGCGGCGGCGGCGUGUCCAACAGCAGCGGCGACGCCUUGGUGACCCGCCUGUCCACCCUGCUCCGCGACCUGCCCACGCUGAAGGCAGCCGUGGUCGUGGCGUGCGCCUUCAGCGCGCUGCUCAUCGCCUGCCUGCUGCUGCGCGUCUUCAGGUCAGGGAAGAGGUUAAGGAAAACCCGAAAGUAUGACAUUAUCACCACUCCUGCCGAACGCGUGGAGAUGGCCCCGCUGAACGAAGAGGAUGAUGAGGACGAGGACUCCACAGUGUUCGACAUCAAAUACAGGUAAAACCUGUUUUCCAGCGUGCUAGUAUCCUGUGAGGUGACAGACCUGGAGCCACUUCUCUGAAGCAUGGAAACCAAAACAAACACUGUUUGUGACACUGGCUCCAUUGUUCGUGCCCAGAGCCUGCCCGUAAUGUCGCCGUCAAUCGUGUUUCCAAACUGUCACCGGAGAGUCGCCUCUGCUGCCCUUUGGACACCCUUUUCAAAUGUCACCCCUUCCUCUCACUGCUCUGAGGGGUUUUCUGCCUUACCGAGGGGACAAAGGUAGAAACAUGUUGAUUAAAGUUUUUAAAGCAAACUGCUGAUGAUAGCAAAACUAUGAGUAGGAGGAUUAAAAAUCUCCAAAGAGCCCGAAGGGUUGGCGGCUGUGUGUGUAGAAUCCUGGCACUGUUCUCCUGGAUCUACACGUGGAUGUCUCACCCUCUGGGUGGCUUUUUGCCUCUGUUGGGUUCUGGCCUUGCCUGGUGACUGCUUCCUGAGAUUUUACAGCGGAAGUGUGGCUUCUCUGGAAGCCUACAUGUUAUGGCUUCUUUCUUUCUUUUUUCUUUGAAGGGUUCAGUAAAAAUAGGCAUGGCUAGUUCACAAAGAAUUUCAAAUUUCAAAUAUCAGGGAAAAAAAGUACAUGCAUGCGUGUGUAUCUGUGUGAGUCCACAGAAUAAUUCCUCUCAGUGGAGCAGACCGCAAGAGGUAGCUUGGGAUAGCACCAUUCUUUUUCCUUUGCUUCUUUUUUUAAAACGUUUCUCUCCCUUGUCAAUAGCUCUGUUGUUUGUCUUAAAAAUAGAAUUAAAGAAAUAACUGUGGUAAUUUAAAUGAAUGGUAAUUUGGGAAACAGGGCCCAGUGAGGGACUCAGUUGAAGUCGGUCUGGGCCAGGCUGAACGGGGACCUCCGACCAGCAGGAGGGCGGAGGGGGUGGCUGGCCUGGGAGCUGGCGAGGUGACAGCGCUGCCCACAGACAUCAGCUCCUGGAGGCUGGGCCUCAGGGUGCCUCUCAGGUUGAUGCAGACCUCCCAUAUUUCUGCAAAUGAUAUGCUUCUGUUCCAGUCUAAUAGCAGGAGAUUUGGGAUCCUGUGAUUCUGUUCUUUCUGGAAAGACAGUUUCUUUCUUUUUUUUUUUUUUGAGAUAGGUCCUCACCAUGUAGCCCAGACUGGCCUCGAGCUCUAGAUUUUCCUGCCUCAGCCUCCUGAGUGCUGGGAUUACAGGUGUGCACCAUCUUGCCCGGUUUAGUGGUUUUCAUAUGUUUUUGGUCUCCCCUUUUCCUUUCUAGUGUUGCUCUGGGGUUUGUGUGUUUGUACUUAUUGUCUUGCUCCAUUAGGCUGCAUGAGAACUCCUGCUUUCCCGGUCACACUGAUUCUAGGCUCUUCCGUUUCCUGAGAAGGGCUGUUGGGGUGGGAGGAGCGGGAAGGGCCACCUGGCUCCUGAAGACUGCUGGAUGUGGUGUCACGAGGCGCACUGGCCUCUGCAGAGCUGGGGAGGGCCUGGGAGCACCACUGAGGGAGGCUGUCUGCUGUCACAGCCACAUGUUGCCCUGGCCACUCCUUGUUCCUGUCCUUUCACGCCUUUGUUGACUUUCUGCCUCCUGCUCCACCCUGUUUGCCAUGGCGUGGGGCUGCUUUAUCUUUCCACUCCGCCGUGUGGCAGCUGUGAUGACUGAGGAAGCUGGGCCACCUCACAGCUAUGUGACCUCUCAGCCUUGGAACCGGAUCCACCAACUCUCCCUGGCUCGGACCAUGACGACUGCUGUGGAGCCGCAGGGAGAGCUGGUCUUCUGCCUCACGCAUGAACAUUGUGGCUCUGGCUGCUGGGUGCCUCUGGUCCUGGCAGGAGCGGCUGCUGACACUGACCCACCAAAUCCUCAGCACUGCAGACACUGCAAUAAAGACCGAGAGUGAACCCGUG